AUGUACAGAGUAUGGAAAGACGAGAGAAACAAAAGGGGGGCUGCCAAAGUCCACGCCAUCUUCUCCACACCUGCUCCCUGUUUUGUCACAUUCGCAAUUGCAAACACCAUCAAACUUGACAUUAUCUCUCAUGUAUCAACUCGCAUCUCCCAGCCUAAUCACCUACACCCAAAAUCAACUCCCAACGGCUUACUCUAG